AAAUCAUGCACACAAGAAAACGUCACCAAGAUAUGUUCCAAGACCUGAACAGAAAACUGCAGCACGCAGAGAAGGAGAAAGAGUCUCCGACAACGGACAGCAAGCAAGAGAAACAGCAGACACCAAACAAGAGACCCUGGGAAGGAAUCAGGAAAGUCCAGUCUCCGCCGUCAUGGGUUAAAAAGGACAUGGAACCUGUGGCACAAUCUCCCUUAGAACUCAAAACUGUGGAGUGGGAGAAAACAGGGGCCACCAUCCCGUUGGUGGGACAAGACAUUAUUGACCUUCAGACGGAGGUCUGAGUGAAAAAGAGAGAAAGGGACUAUUAUUUUUUUUUUUCCGGAAAACAAGCAAACAAAA